AAAAUCUGAAGCCACUCUGCGGUCUCUGGGGGCGGAGUUGAAAAGGCCACAUCCCCCCUGUUUUUGGACAGACUGCAAUGCAUUCCUGCACAGUACUGGACCCAGUGCUCAGCUCCUCCGCUCCCAGCACUCCCAGCACUCCCACCCAGUCAGAUCUGGACUGGAAAGAUGGUGAACGUUCAGGACAGGAGGAGAUCUCUGCAUCUAUCAGCUGUGAAGGGGGUUCAUACCUGCACAGAGAGGUGAACCAAGGGAUGUAAUAAUAAAGAAAAUAUGGCUUAUUUUGGAUUAAUGUCUCUCAUGCAGACUUUGAUCAUCAGCACACUGGUCAUGCAUGGAGCUCAAUCCAUAAACCUCUUAGAUGAUCUGGAGAUUCCCACCAAAGAAAAGACCUGGUUAAACAUCUCAGAGCAUCUGAACAAGAUCCACCCUGAGAUAGACCAGACUCCAAACAGAGGAUCCCCUUCAUUAUCAUUCACCAAAUCUGUUUAUUCCUUUGAAGUGAAAGAAGACACUCAACCAGGAACGAUAGUGGGACUGGUGGAAGCAGUGCUUGAGGAGGAGCAGAAGACUCCUCUGGUGUAUUCAGUGCUGGAGGACGAUGGGGACGGCCUUUUCCUUCUCAACCCCAAUUCCGGAGAGUUCCUUCUGUCUCGAGCUCUGGAUUUUGAGUCUGAACGGUUUUAUAUUCUCACAGCAGCGGUUCAGCACGGCGACGGCCGGCUCUCCAGGGUCAGGGUAUAUUUUAACGUCGCUGACGUGAACGAUAACCCACCAGUAUUCAGAUUAAACCUCCAAUCCAUCUCCCUGCCAGAGGACGCUCCGGCCGGGAGGUGUUUCCUCACCAUGAAUGUCUCAGACGCUGAUGACGGUAUAAAUGGAGAAGUGGAGGUCGAUUUAAUAUCAGGCGACAAUGAAGACACCUUCUCUGUAAACCUAAAGAACCAUUUGUGUCUAAAAGGAGAGCUAGACAGAGAGAGAACCGCAAUGUACAGUCUAUUACUUCAGGCCCGUGAUCGUGCUCUACCUGAAGACGCCCGUCUCUCUGCCACCGUCCGUGUUUCUGUCCAUGUCGAGGACAUUAACGACAAUGUCCCACAUUUCAUAUCAGAGAAUACGGUCAGCUGUCCAGAGGAUACUCCAGUUCAGGCUGUUGUUGCAGUAAUACAAGCAGUGGAUUCAGAUUCUGGAUCUAAUGGAGACAUGAUUUACAGCAUGGAGAAUUCAGGGGGAGGUGCUUUCAGGAUCAACCAAACCACUGGAGUCGUCUACCUGCAGAAGCCGCUGGACAGGGAACUGGAAGACGCGAUUACGGUGACCGUAACCGUCAGAGAUAAAGGAUUACCCCAACUCUCCAGCUCCAUGGAGCUCACCGUGCUCGUAGAGGACGUGAACGACCACGAUCCGGAGUUUUCUGAAGCUUCCUACACUGUAGAGGUCUAUGAAGACGCCCCUCGAGGAGCAAGUCUGCUGAAAGUUCAAGCACACGACCGUGACGCCGGGUCUAAUGGAGAAGUGCGGUAUUUAAUGUCUGAGAGUGGCUUCAUGGUGGACUCAGUUCUGGGGGUCGUAUCAGUGAUUCACCAAAUGGAUCGAGAGCAGGAGUCUUUCUACUCUCUUACCGUUAAAGCUGUGAACAGAGGAGAUGUUCCCAGAUCGGCUACAGCUACCAUUAACAUCACACUGCUGGAUAUAAAUGAUUGUGUGCCCGUCUUCUCUCAGGAACUUCUGACUUUACAUGUACUGGAAAAUGGACAGGACCCUUCUCAGAACGUGCAUCAGAUAUCAGCGCAUGACGAUGACCUGGAUUUAAACAGUCUUUUAACGUACUACAUAUCUAAUGAAAACUCAGAGGGGCCGUUUUUAUUACAUCCAAACGGAACUUUCUGGAUUUUACAAAACCUGGAUCGAGAGGAACAAAGUCACCACAGCAUCAAAAUCACUGCUGUUGAUUCAGGCUUAGUUCCACUGACAGGAACUGGAACGAUACUGGUUAUUGUGGACGAUGUCAAUGACAAUAGGCCUGAGUUUGAUAAUGAUGAAUACAGCGCAUUUAUAUCAGAAGAUGCCCCACCUGGAAACAUCUUUGCAAGGCUCACGGCUACAGACAAGGAUGUUGGUCUGAAUGGACAAAUAAGGUACUCUUUAGAGGGAGCUGAUCUACCUUUUUCCAUCAAUGAAACGACCGGAGAGUUAUUCAGUACUGAAGUUCUGGACCGAGAGAGCACAGCUUGGUACAGUUUUACUGUAGUGGGUCGUGAUGGAAAUCCCAGCCAUCCUCUUUCCAGCUCAGCCACUGUUCUGGUGACAGUUCAGGAUGUGAAUGACCAUUCACCACAGUUCCUUUAUGGACCAUAUGUGGCCAACGUUCCUGCUGAACUGGCCAAAGGAUCAAUCGUAUGUGAACUGAUUGCCAAGGAUGAAGAUGAAGGAAGGAAUGCUGAGUUGAAUUUCUCCCUGGAUGGACAACAUGCCCAUCUCUUCACCAUUAACUCUAAGAGGGGGACUGUCUUCUCAAUGGAUGCCCUUAGAAGAUCCAGAGAAGUUACAAUCAAUGUCCACGUGGAGGACAGAGGAGCCGUCCCCAGAACGGAUUCCACCACGUUGACCGUACGGUUUCAGAAUGCGUCAGAUUUUCCUCGUCUUGCCGUCCACGUAUACAAUCAAUCGCUUCCUGAGGACACUCCUCUAGGAACUGUAGUGGCUGUUGUCUCUGAGACAGAGACAACCAGAAGUGGACCAGUGUCUUUGUACCUGUCUUUUGGGAACGCUGAGGAGGUAUUCGAGCUGGAUCAGAGGACUGGUGAGGUGAAGCUGAUUGAAUAUUUGGAUUUUGAGACGAAUUCAGAAUUCCAUGUUUUAGUUGAGGCUCGAGACUCAGGUCUUCCUCCAUUUUCCACGUAUGUUGAAGUUCAUCUGAACGUCAGCGAUGUGAAUGAUAACCCACCUGUCUUCACCCAGAAAGAGUACAGGUGUGAGGUCUCUGAGAACAUACCUGCAAGCAGGGUCUGUGAGGUGUUGGCGAUUGAUGCUGACUCCUACGCAAACGCUCAAGUGGAAUAUCGUAUUUUGUCUGGUAACAUUGAUGGGGUUUUUAUAAUCGAUAAAACUCACGGCACUCUUUCAACAACGAUGAGCCUAGAUCGAGAAGACAUACCAGAGUAUGAGCUUAUCAUUAAAGCUAUAGAUAAAGGUGACACCAAUCUUACUUCCACUGCAGUCGUUAACAUAGUUAUUUUAGACGUAAAUGACCAUGCGCCACGUUUUACUGAGAUUUUCUUUACCGAGAUUCCAGAGGAUGCAUUAGUUGGAUCUCCAGUCCUUCAGAUAUCAGCCACAGAUGAGGAUAUUGGAGAAAAUGCUGUAAUUACAUAUUCAAUUCUUGACCAGAUUGAGCAGACUCCUUUCAGCAUUGAUAAAAACACAGGAACUAUUGUUGUGGCCGGCCCAUUGGAUCGAGAACGUCAAGAUCUUUAUAUUGUUAGAGUAAUCGCCAACGAUUCAGCUUGGAGCAUCAGUACAGAAGUCACUAUAGCCAUCAUGGAUGUCAAUGAUAAUCCACCAGUGUUUUCUCAGUCCAGAUACUUCGCCACCAUACCAGAAACCAAAGCCUCUGAAAUUUUCCUCUUACAAGUCAACGCUGUUGAUAGGGAUCUUGGACAAAAUGCCCAAAUCCUCUUCUUCUCAGACCCACCAAAUGAUAAUUUCCUUGUUAAUGCAUCUACUGGAGACAUUUUAACCAAACAACCCAUCACUAUCAUCAACUCCGAACCCCAAAUCUUCAAUUUUACUGUUUUAGCAAUUGAUGGAGGCACUGUUCCUUUGAACAGCUCAACCACUGUAACAGUGACUUUUGUUCCGUACAAUUAUUUCCCACCAUCUUUUUUGCCCUUCAAAUCUCUUAUGUCAGUUCCUUUUAACUUACAAGUAGGAGCAGAGCUUCUCCAAUUAACAGAAGUGAAAAGCAGUGUUGAGUACUUCAUCACUGGUGGAAAUGGAUCACGUUACUUCGAGAUAGAGCUCCACAGUGGAAAAGUACUUCUGAACAGAACAUUACGCCAAAGCUUGGAUCCUUACGUCUUAAGUCUUGUAGUUACGGCUAAAGAUAAAGGUUUACCUCAGCUUUCAUCCCAAACUGACAUAAAGAUUGAAGUAACGUUUGAAAAUUCGUUCUCUCCACAUUUUCCAGACAAUAAUCUCACAUUUUCCGUCCCUGAAGACCUUCCUCAGGGCUCAGUUAUUGGGAAAGUUCAGGCAAGUGAUGAAGACAGUGGUGUUAAUGGAUUGAUUUCGUAUUCUAUUGAAUCUAGGGAUGAAGAAUUGAAUGAAUAUGGGCUGUUUUCCACUGGCCUUCUUUCAGGACUAAUAAAGCUAGAGCAAUCUCUUGACUUUGAGAAGGUAGAAGCCCAUCAUUUUGUUAUCCUCGCCAAAGAUGGAGGCUGGUUCUCUAAGACUGGGAGAAUUAAUGUGACUAUCAAUGUUAAAGACAUAAACGACAAUCCUCCAGUCUUCACCUCUUCUGAGUAUAUAGCAUCUAUUUUGGAAAACUCUGCGAUUGGAUCUGAAGUGAUUCAAGUAGUGGCAACGGACAUGGACUGUGGAAGUCAUGCUCAUAUAACGUAUUCGAUGCUGUCGGGAAAGAUAGAAUUAUUCUCUUUGGAUUCCAGAAAUGGAACGAUUAGUACUUUGGAGAUCUUUGAUUUUGAGGAACAGCAGAGUUUUGAAAUUGCUGUUAAAGCUUUUAACACCGAAAAUCCCAACCUGUUUGACGUAGCCCAUGUUUAUGUUCAAGUUAUAGAUGUCAACGAAUACAUACCUACUUUUCAGAAGCAUCUUUACAACUUCUCUGUCCCUGAGACUCUGCCUCCGCUAACAGAAAUUGGACAUGUGCAUGCUGUAGACUUUGAUUUGGGGGUUAAUGGAGAGGUUGAGUACUUACUUUUUGGUCGCGGUAAAAAAACAGGCUUCGCCGUUGAUGAAAGCAGUGGGAAAGUGUAUACUUCCAAAGAUUUGAGGAAUAGAGGGCAAAAUCAUGCUGUUCUUCGUAUAAUCGCCAAAAAUAGAGGCAUAAUCACUGGCUUUAACACUGAUGAAGCCUUGGUUCAUAUACAUGUAAUUGAUGAAAAUGAUCCUCCAGAAUUUGAAUCUCCUCUUUACACAGUCUCAGUACGGGAAGAUACCUUAGUAGGAAUGUUUCUACUUAAAGUCAGUGCCUCCGAUCAAGACGUUGUAUUGGAAUGGAGCAGGUUCUCCUAUGAUAUAGAAAGUGGAAAUUACAACAACUCCUUUAGCAUCAAUCCUGUGAAUGGGAUUAUUACAGUUAACAAUCAUUUAGACAGAGAAAUGUGGUCUCAUUAUAAUCUCACAGUUGUUGCAAUUAAUGAAGGAUCACCUCCAGUCACAGGCAGCACAACUGUGGUCGUCACCAUCAAUGACGUCAACGAUAACGCCCCGAGACUCACAAUCACAGAAGGAUAUAUAAGGGAAAACCAGCCACAUGGCACAUUAGUGACCACACUGGCGGCCGUAGACGAUGACUUUCCUCCAAACCAAGGUCCAUUUACCUUCUGGCUGAAGAUGCCUGCCAUGGAAAACAGCUUUACCUUGACCUCUAAUGGAGCUCUCUUUACUUCCAGAACGCUGGAUCGUGAACGCAAUUCUCUUUUCCAAAUGUACGUCGUCAUUCAAGACGCUGGCUCUCCUCCAUUGUCCUCCACCACCUUGUUUCAGGUUAAAGUGCUAGACGAAAAUGACAAUCCGCCCAUACAAAGGAAUAUCAACAUCCUGGUUAAGUAUUACGGCAAUUCCUUCCCAGGAGGAAUAAUUGGAGACGUGAAACCAGACGAUCUGGACGUAUCGGACGUGUUCAACUGCACUCUACGAAGUGGACCGACGAGAAUGUUCAGUUUCCCAUUUGGAAAGUGCGACUUGUGGUCAUCUCCAUUUCAAGGCGAGGCCACUUACAACAUCACAGUGGAGGCAAGUGAUCAGUUCCACCCGUCGGUAAACAACAGCAUCUAUGUGAGUUACAAAGGAUUCACAAAUUUGUCUUUGGACAGUUGCGUCUUGUUCUACGUCUCUUUAUCGUCUCUCGAGGACUUCCUCUCACUGAGGUAUCUAAAAUUCGUGAAGGCUCUGGACAGCCUCUUCAAUCUGCAAGCUUCUAAAACCCACGUAUUCGGGAUGAAGCUUCAAGGAGACAAGAUGCUUCUUCUGGCGGCUGUAAAAAGCUACAACGGUCUUUUCCUGACUGGAGACGUAGCCAGUGGCAUCUCCAACAUGCACAAGAAGCUGCUCGAGGCCCAGAGUAACGUUAACAUCUCUCACAUUACCAGUGACCCGUGCUCGCUGAAACCCUGCCAGAAUGGCGCCACCUGCAACAAAAACAUCCACAUCAGCCAGGAGAUUGCAGUGUUAGAGAGCUCCCGCCUCGUCUUCGUCUCGCCCCACUACGCUGAAGUGUUUAACUGCUCGUGCCUGGCUGGGUUUACCGGGGCUCGCUGUGAGUCUGAUAUCGAUGAAUGUAUGGAGAACCUUUGUAAUAAUGGAGGAACCUGCUUUAACAACCCCGGAGGCUUUUUCUGCAACUGCAGAGAGGGCUUCUCAGGGCUGCACUGCUCCAUCGUUGAUAAUGAAUGUCAGAACGUGAUGUGCUCAAACGGGGGGACCUGCUGGAACAUACAAGGAGGCUUCUUCUGCGAAUGCAGACCUGGAUAUGAAGGAAGAUUUUGUGACUUCACCAUAGACCACUGUGCAUCAUCCCCCUGUUUGCUUGGCAACUGCUCAAACUUCUUAACUGGAUACACCUGCCAAUGUCCAUUUGGUGUGACCGGGCUGAACUGUGAAGAGCACAGUUGUGGAUUUGAGGAGUUGUCCUACAUGGAGUUUCCUCCUUUAGAUCCCAGAUAUAACUUCAUCUCUCUGGAGUUCGCCACCGUUAAACUCAACUCUCUGCUCCUGUAUAACCCUGGUGAUCCGUCCACCUCUGAGUUUCUGGCUCUGGAGAUCGUUAACGGGAGGCUGUGUCUCUCGUUUGAUCUGGGGUCAGGGGUCGCAAGACUGGAGACGGGAAAACCAGUGGCUGAUGGAAACUUCCACAACAUCACUGUUAGGAGAACUGGAAACAUGGCGUCUUUGGAGGUGGACAGCUGCUCUGCUGAUGAUCCCAGAGACUUUUGUAUGUCACAACAUGACGCCAUUGGAGGAGACAGGACUCUGGAUAUCAGGACCCAUAACCUGACCGUUGGAGGAGUGAAGACCAUUGAUGUUAUUUUACUGAGAUCAGGUCAAGUCAGGACCCACGAUUUUGUUGGAUGUAUGAGGAAUAUGAAAGUGAAUAAUGUAUUACUUGAUGCUUUCAGUGCUCUGACCUCCAACAAAAUACUGGAGAGCUGUCCACGGGCAGGCGUCGCUCCCUGCAGCGUUAGUAAAUGUCUGAAUGGAGGCGUUUGCCAGGAUCUCUGGUCCGAUCACUAUUGCCAGUGUGCUGAGAAUUUCACCGGAUUCAACUGUUCCUACAAUAUCUCUGAGGAUAAUGCGUUAUUCUUCACUGACGGGGCCUACAUUGAGUUUUUUGUUAAGGAAAGUUAUAUCAGGAACCAGCUGCUUCAGGCCUUCCUCGACGGAAGAGAUGGCGCCACUCACGGACUCAUCAGCUUCGAGAUUAAAUUCAGGACGCUCAAACAAAACAGUAUUUUAAUUCUAUUUUGGAGCAGGACAGCAUCUUUAAAACUUGAGAUAUCUGAAGGAAAACCUGUGUAUAUUCUGACUAAUGUGAGCUCAGGACAGCAGUGGGAUCUGGGUGUGGAGAGAGGUGUGUCUGAUGGACGGUGGCACAUCCUCCUCCUCCGCAGAUUCAGACAGAGCGUCGUUCUGUUCCUGGAUGAACAGUCUGUGAUGGACAUCACCCACAGCAUCAUCAGCCACCUUGCUUUCAUAGUGGAGAUGAUCAUGCUUGGAUCUGCUUCACCUGGAGAUCCUCAGUCAGGAUUUGUAGGAUGUGUGGAGUACGUCAAAAUCAAUGGGCACACUCUACCUUUCAGCGGACAGAGCGAGAUGGUGGAGGCCAAACCCAGCGCUUUACUGUACGAGAAUGAGUGUAAAUCUGCGGACGAUUGUGUUCUGAGGCCGUGCUUUAAGGAAACGUGCCUUAAUCCGCCUUGUGAAGGCGGGAGUGACUGUGUUUUAUCUUCUUCAGAUGAUAGCUGGUGUGUCUGUCUGCAUAACGUCUCUUCUUCGUGGUGUGGGACUUGUUUAAAUGCGGCAGAGCACAGAGACGCUUGUCUCCAAGCCCAUAAAAGUGCGCCAUUGUGGAUCAUCGCUAUUGUUCUUCCCAUAAUCCUCAUUGUGUUGGUUAUGAUUCUUUGCUGUGUUCUGAAGAGGCAAGGCAAACUUUGCCUCGAAAAGCCAAGAAGAAGUCAAGCAUGCCAGGCUCUACCAGUGAAACCGUACAGCAUGGACAAUGAGGCGUUCAGCCUGGACCACGGUGACGGUGGUCUCCAAGACAUUUCCAAUGAAAGCAGCAAGCAGCCAGAUCUGAUAGUGCCAGGAGAGCUGAUGAGAGGAGCUGAGAGCUACAGUGGAUUGGAUUUGACUGGAUUUGGAGGAAGUGAACUAGAGUACUAUGAGAUUGACAGCACCUACACGCCAUGCUGUUCUAGUAUGGACCAUAACCUCCAUGUUAGCAAAGCUACCCCACUCAGAUUAGCUCCGUGGGAAAAGAAAUCUCCACCAAGACUGAGCCCUCAAGUUUCUCCAUCCAUGUGUGGAAAAGAAAAGCAUCAAACCUGCCAGUCUUUACACUGUAAACCCCACACCAAGAAAAGUCCUGCUGCCAAUAUGGAGGACGGUCAAUGCAGGCUCCAUCAAACUCACGUCAUCUCCAAGAAAACGCUGAGCCCUGAACUGAUUCUGGUAGAUCCGCCAUGUUUUCUUACAGAAGAUGAGGUGAAGAGACUUGACCGAGCAGGAGAUAAUACUCAAUCUAUCACAGGACCACCUGAAAAACAACCAAUCAGAUCGUUCAGUGCAGCCAGGGUGGCAGAGAGCUCUUCAGAGACUGAGAGCCACAGCUCCUUCACCUGCUCUGAAUACGACUGUGAGAAGGAACUCUGCGUAAUCUGUGCCCAGGAGAACAGACGUGGACCUUCAGCUGAAGACUGGUCCAGAGGACAGCUCGUACUCGCCGUCCCUUCACCCUUCAGAGAUGCCCGGGUGCCCUCAGAUACAGCUGGCAUCGAAGCCACACAACAGUGGGAGAACCUCUUAAAUCAAAGGAUCCACUUUAAAACCUACUCAGACGUUUUUGAGGACAUAGCGAAGCUACCUGUCACUCAGACGGAGGACAGUGACCUUCACAGUGAAGAUGAGCAGAUUAUUUGAACAUGCUUUUAGUGUAACGCCAUGGUUUCUGCAUACAUAAAACAUCAAGUUUCAGUCGCAAACAGUUUCUCUGUUAUAAAACAUCAUUUCAAACUCUAUUCACUGCUGUUGUAAUUUUUCUUCAUUUUUCUUUUCUUUUUUUUUACAGGAACAGAUUAAUUUAAUGUUUUUUUAUUUCAGUCCACUCAGUAUUUGUAUGAUCCUGAAUAAAGAAAUAAUGCAGUAAUUCAAUUUCAGUGUUUGGAGAAAAGUUAUUUCAUACGUAGGACUGUUUUUGUGCUGCCAUCUGCUGCCAGAGCUCUAAUAU